ACUUUUAGAUUAAAAAUUGUCAUUACUCGCAUUGUUCCAAAACGCCCGAGAUAGAGAGAGAGAGAGAGAGACUUUUGCACUCCAUCCACUUCCCGGUUUUCGGAGAAGAGCAAAACCAUUUUUUGAAGCUUUUUGCAAUUUUGGAUUUCUCGGUGGCUUUCAAGAUCUCCCGCUUUCAUCUGCUUUCUCUGCGUUCUUGAGCGCUUUUAUUCGCUCUGACUAGUAAAUUAAUGAUGGUAGGGACACCGGCUACGCCAUCAUGUAAAAUACAGAGGACUCCAUGUUCAACUCCAGGAGGUCCGAAAGUUCGGGAGGAGAAAAUAUUAGUCACUGUUCGAAUGAGGCCACUGAACCGCAGAGAACAAGCGAUGUACGAUCUCAUCGCUUGGGAAUGCGUGGACGAGAACUCUAUAAUUUUUAAGAACCCAAAUCACGAAAGACCUGCAACCCCAUACGUGUUUGAUAAAGUUUUCAGUCCAAGUUGCUCUACUCAUAGGGUCUAUGAAGAAGGGGCAAAAGAUGUCGCUUUAUCUGCAAUGAUGGGAAUGAAUGCAACGAUUUUUGCAUAUGGCCAGACCAGUAGUGGUAAGACAUAUACCAUGAGAGGAAUCACUGAAAAUGCUGUGAGGGACAUCUACGACCACAUAAAGAAUAACCCUGAGAGAGAUUUUACCUUGAAAUUUUCUGCGUUGGAGAUCUACAAUGAAACUGUUGUUGACCUUCUGAAUCGAGAAUCAGGUUCCCUUCGGCUUUUGGAUGAUCCUGAGAAAGGAACGAUGGUGGAGAAACUAGUUGAAGAAGUUGUAAAGGAUGGUGCCCAUCUAACACAUUUAAUUGGCAUUUGUGAAGCUCAAAGGCAAGUUGGAGAAACCAUUUUAAAUGAUAAAAGCUCAAGGUCACAUCAGAUAAUCAGGCUGACCAUAGAGAGCAGCCUUCGGGGAAGUUCAGGCCAUGUGAAGUCCUUCAUAGCCAACUUGAAUCUUGUGGACCUGGCUGGGAGUGAACGUGCCUCCCAAACAAAUGCAGAUGGUACAAGAUUGAAGGAAGGUAGUCACAUUAACCGUAGUUUGUUGACACUCACAACAGUGAUCAGGAAACUAAGUGGUGGAAAGAGAAGCGGUCAUAUACCUUAUAGAGAUUCAAAAGUUACCAGAAUAUUGCAGUCAUCAAUUGGUGGAAAUGCUCGGACGGCAAUUAUAUGUACCAUGAGCCCAGCUUUAAGUCAUGUAGAGCAAACAAAGAACACACUUUCAUUUGCAACUAGUGCCAAGGAAGUUACCAACAAUGCCCAAGUAAACAUGGUUGUUUCAGACAAGAGAUUAGUGAAGCAUUUGCAGGAGGAAGUUGCCAGACUUGAAGCAGAACUAAGAAAUCCAGAGCCUUCUUCAUUUUCAUGCUUGAGGUCAUUGAUAGAACAGAAGGACUUGAAAAUCAAGAAGAUGGAGAGUGAAAUGGAGGAGUUAAAGCGCCAAAGAGACCUUGCACAAUCACAACUUGAUUUAGAAAGAAAAGUGCACAAAGUGCAUAAGGGAUGCAAUCACAGUGGGCCUUCUUCUGAAGUUGUCAGGUGUCUUUCUUUUUCUGGUGAUGAUAAUGAACCAAUCUCUUCUAAACCCACACCAGAAACCCGGACAAGAACUAGACUGCAAAGGGAGGCAAUGGUUAGGCGAUCAGUAACUUCUACAGAUCCAUCCAUGCUUGUUCAUGAAAUCCGAAAGAUUGAGCAGAGGCAGAGACAGCUCGGUGAGGAAGCAAACCGUGCACUUGACGUACUGCAUAAGGAAGUUGCUUCACAUCGAGUGGGGAAUAAAGAAGCUGCUGAAAACAUCGCGAAGUUACUGUCAGAAAUAAAGAACAUUCAAGUAGCAAACUCCAUUGCUGAAGACAUUGUGAUUGGAGAUCAGGCCAACCUGAAAGAAGAGAUAACUAGGUUCAAAUCUCAAGGAAGCACUAUUGAAUCAUUAGAAAAGAAGCUCGAGAUUGUCCAAAAUUCAAUAGAUCAGCUGGUUUCUUCUUUUGUAACUAGUGAUGAGAGCCACUCAAAAAAGAAGAAAAUCCUUCCUUUCACUUUGAGUAAUAGCACAAACAUGCAAAAUAUAAUUCGGGCCCCAUGCUCACCACUGUCCUCUUCUCGUAAAGUGAUGGAAUCUGAGGUUGAGAACAAGGUCCCUGAGAAUGGUGGAGCUACUACACCUAAUUCUAACAAUGUGGCUUCGCCAUAUAACAAUGAUGGGUCUGGUAACUAUACAUCAAGAGAAGGAACGCCUGUUGCACGGAAGUCGAACUCAGUUAAUGUUAAGAAGAUGCAGAGGAUGUUCAAGAAUGCCGCUGAGGAGAACAUCCGGAGCAUCAGAGCCUAUGUAACCGAGUUAAAAGAGCGAGUGGCAAAGCUACAAUACCAAAAGCAGCUUCUGGUUUGCCAGGUAUUACAACUAGAGGAGGCAAAUGAAGCUGGUGGGUCAGAUGCAGCAGAUGAAAUCUCUGAGUCUCCUAAGUCAUGGCAUGUCAUAUUUGAGGAGUGGAGGAAGGAAAUUUUCAUGUUAUGGCACUUGUGCCAUGUUUCAAUUAUACACCGCACACAGUUUUAUUUGUUGUUCAAGGGAGACCCUGCUGAUCAAAUAUACAUGGAAGUUGAACUUAGGCGACUGACAUGGUUGGAGCGGCAUUUAUCGGAUCUUGGCAAUGCAAGCCCUGCACUUUUAGGAGAUGAACCUGCAGGUUCUGUUUUUGCAAGUGUCAAGGCCCUUAAGCAAGAAAGAGAAUACUUAGCAAAGAGGGUGAGUUCUAAACUAUCAAUGGAGGAAAGAGAGAUGCUUUAUACGAAAUGGGAAAUUCCACAAGUAGGAAAACAAAGAAGGUUGCAACUUGUUAACAAAUUGUGGACAGAUCCUCAUAACAUGCAACAUAUACAAGAGAGCGCUGAGAUUGUUGCAAAGCUCGUCGGGUUCUGUGAAUCUGGAGAACACGUUAGCAAAGAGAUGUUUGAGCUGAACUUUGUUUGCCCCUCUGAUAAGAGGACAUGGAUGGGCUGGAAUUUGAUAUCAAAUCUUCUCAAUCUGUAACAAAAGAGUUUACCAUUCCACUUCAUUUUUCAUUCUAUGAUUUUUUCAAACGUAGUAGAGAAUAUUGUUUGUAUCUUGUAAUUAGAAUGCCUCUUGUAACGAAAAAGUAAAUUAGUUUCUAGCGGGUGAUAUGUGGUGGUGGCUAAGUGGAGUAUCGAUGAAAUAGAGCACUUUGGAAAACCAAAAAGCCUUUUCCG